UCUCAGAGCUUGCUCUAGGAUAUAGCUCAGAUGACAAAAAGUCUACAAAGUGAGGUGCAAAAACUUUGGCAUCCGGUGGCCGGCGGUCAAAGUUUUUGUUGGAAGCAUUCAUCAUAAAUGUUCAUGGAGGAAGGAAACAAAGUAACCAUGCCCCGACAGCAAAAUUCCGUAACGAAGUUGUUAAUUCUCACGAUAUUGCUCGUUCUUCGUAUCCAACAUAUUUUGGGGAAGGGAACAGCGCAGGGAUCCUCAGUUUCAGAUGACUCGACGUCGAACCGUUCUUGGAACAUCGAAGAACAUGACGAAGUAUCUAAACCAGCAGAACCAGGAUCGAGAGAAAUGAUGACGUUACAUCCAACAGUUCUUAUUCCAAUUCUAGCAAGAAACAAGGAGCAUACAUUGGCAACCUUUUUUGGUUGUUUGGAGCGCCUGCAAUAUCCAAAGGAUAGAAUUUCAUUAUGGAUCUCUAGUGAUCACAACAUAGAUAACACAUCUAAUGUGCUUUUGGAUUGGGUGAACAAAACCAAAUCCCUUUAUCACAAUGUUCAUAUUGAAGUAAAUGAAGAGCCGCAAGCAUAUGACUGGGAAAGUGGCCCAAUUGAUUGGCCUGAGGAACGAUUCCUUCAUUUAAUCCAGUUGAGACAAACAGCUUUACAAGAAGCCAGAAGACAGUGGGCGGAUUACUUAUUUGCUGUUGAUGUGGAUAACUUUCUUGAAAACCCAGAUGUUUUAAUGCAAUUAAUGGCUCAUCAGAAAACAGUAAUAGCUCCAAUGCUGGAAUCAACAAAAAUGUACUCCAACUUUUGGGGAGGCAUGAAUCAAAAGGGUUACUACAAAAGGACUGAGCAGUACGUACACAUAUUAAAGAGAAAUGUUACAGGCAUCUUCCAAGUACCCAUGGUGCAUUCCACAUAUCUUAUUAAUCUGAGAGAUAAGAAAUCGACACAGUUAAUGUACAGUGCUCCUCCAGAAUAUAGUGGUGAUGUAGAUGAUAUGUUGACAUUUGCCUUCUCUGCCAGAAAAGCAGGAAUUCCAUUUUAUGUGAGCAACCAGGAAUAUUAUGGUAGUCUACUUAUUCCUUUGGACGGCAAAAAAUCCUUAACUGAUGAUGCUGAACAAAUGCUUCACCUUAAAUUAGAAUCCAUGGUUGCUGAUGCAUAUUUGCCAUCAUCAGAGUUCAUACCUGUAUCUCCAAAGUUAAAGACUAAGUUCGGAUUUGAUGAAAUUUACAUGAUCAAUCUAAAAAGGCGUCCAGAGAGAAGGCAAAGAAUUGUAUUGAGUCUUGAAGAAUUAGGAAUAGACUUCAAGAUAGUAGAUGCUGUUGAUGGCAGAGCACUGACUGAUGAUGACUUAAAAGAAUUGGGUGUUGAUAUGCUACCUGGCUACAGAGACCCCUAUCAUGAGCGUGUACUUACCAGAGGAGAGAUUGGCUGCUUCUUAAGUCACUAUUUUAUUUGGCAAGAGAUGGUUACAGAGGGCUUUGACAAAAUACUGAUUUUUGAAGAUGAUGUGAGAUUCAAGGAGUCAUUCGUACCUAAGAUUAAGGCAUUGCUACAGGAAAUAAAUGUCAACCAUCUCGACUGGGAAUUACUGUACAUUGGUCGCAAAAUCAUGGAGGUUGAUUAUGAAAGCUAUCUUGAUGGUUUCCAACAUGUUGUGAAACCAAGCUACACAUAUUGGACUCUGAGUUAUAUGUUGAGCUUAAGUGGAGCUCAAAAAUUACUGGCACAGAAACCCUUGGGUAAAAUGAUACCAGUUGAUGAGUACCUCCCCAUUAUGUUUGAUGUUCAUCCAGAAACUGAUUGGGCUGAUCGCUUUUACCCUCGUAACUUGAAAGCAUAUUCUGUCAAUCCAUUGCUGGUUGAGCCAACACACUACACUGGGGCAGAGAACUACGUUAGUGAUACAGAAACGAAAGACAUUUGGGAAUAUGUUUUGGAGAGAGAAGGAAUCUCAGCCACUAAAGAUGACAGGAACGACGUAAAAGAUAGUAGCAAUGCUCCAAAGUUGAACAAAGGAAAGCCAGACAUAUCUGUUAGAGGAGACAAUCAAGAUUCAAGUAAUGCUAAAGAUGGACAGACUAAGACUGGCCAGCAGAGUGAUACAAAUAAGUUAAAUGGUACAUCCAAUCAGCAAGUUGAGCCUGACAAGCAACCUGACAAAGUUGCUGAGUCAUCAGUUUCUGGAAUGGGUAAUGAAAAAAGCUCUCAAAAUGAAGUUAACCCUCACACAGAAUUAUGACAUGAAUAUAAUUGACACUGCAUGAUCCCACAUACAUGUACAUGUAGUAUGUAAGAUUGAGUUUAGUACCUUAUUUGGUUCAUAUUUUAAUGAUUACAUUUGGUGUUUGAAAGCAUUUGAAGGAGCCGAAGCUAGUCGGUGAAAUGAAACAAUUAUAAAAUAGAAUGAUAAAUUAUGUGCAGAAAGUUUAAAUAGCAGAGUAGUGAAAAAGAACAAAAUUAAUUACUUGAAAGUAAAUGUUUACCAAACUUGAGCAUUGUCACAACUCAAGUUGAAACAAAAAUUCAAAGUGCCUGUGUAGAAUUAGAAACAAUCAGAAGGAAAUAUAGACACAAUAUAAAUUGCAACGACCAUUCAAUGUGCCUGUUCCUGGGUACAUUUAAAAAAAAACAGAAGGAAAACAAAUAUUUGAAUAUCAAUAGGAAGACAAAACAGUUGUUAUGACAUCUUCAUGACAUCAUCAUAACCCCUGCUCUAGUCAAUUUGUCUUUGUUCAACCCAAAGAAAUUGUUAAAAUGUUACCCCAGAGACAGUUUUCCUUGUGUUUUGUAACUUGAUAUUUAUGUUUAAUGCCAUAAUCAUGCCAUACAUGUACGUAUUUUUUUAACCAUGGAUGCACAAGGGCCCGGUGGCUGUGCUUCAUGCAUGUAUACUGUGAUGGCUACUGGAAUAAUGUGCUUUACAGGGUGCCCUAAGCAAAGGUUUUACCAUGGUAACAAUAGCUAAUUAAAAUUUAUUUAUAAAUAUUAAAGGCACUGGACACCAUUCGUAGUUACUCAAAAAUAAUUGUU